AUGGGGCUCUUCGGAAAGAAUCAGAUGCCUGUUGAGGGCAAGACUGUCCUCAUCACAGGCGGCUCUGAAGGCAUGGGACUGAGUGCGGCACGACAAUUAGCAGCCAAAGGUGCCAAUGUUAUAAUCAUUGCACGUAGCCAGCAAAAGCUGGAAGCUGCCCUGACUCAGAUCAAGGCCGCCGCCAAAUCACAAUCCCAACGCUUCCACGCCAUACCUGCAGACGUAUCUAAACCAAACUAUGCCGUUGAAAUCGUGUCGCAGGCCACAGCCUGGAACAAUGGCCAGCCCCUAGACAUCGUGUGGUGCAUAGCGGGCAUGUCCACUCCCAUGCUUUUCCAAGAAGACACUGCCAUUGCUGAGAUGCGUCACGAGAUGGGUGUCAAUUUUUGGGGCGCGAGCGAGAUGGCCCACGCCAUCCUCAGGGAGUGGUGGUCUCCCGACCGCAAAUACGCCAAAGAGCCCAAGCACCUCGUCUUCACGGCCUCAAUGCUGGCGCUGUACGCGGUCGCGGGUUACUCGCCGUACAACCCAACAAAGUGGGCGCUGCGGGGGCUAGCCGACACCCUGACGCAGGAGGCGAUGCUGUACCCAGACCAGCCUGUCCAGAUCCACGUCGUGUACCCGGGCACCAUCCUGAGCCCCGGCUUCGAGAGGGAGCAGAGGUCAAAGCCGGACGUCACGCUCGAGCUCGAGAAGGACGACCCGAAGCUGACUCCGGACCAGGUCGCCGAGAGGGCGAUCGCGGGCCUGGAGGCCGGCAAGCACUUUAUCACCGUCGGUAUCGCGGGCGAGCUGUUGCGCUAUGGAGUCUUGGGAGGGGCGCUGCGGAACAGCUGGCUGAUCGACAUACUUGGGGCGUGGUUUAUGGCGCCGGUUUGGUUUAUCGUGCAUAUGGUGAUGCAUGGGCAGAUCAAGAGCUUUGCGAAGAAGCAUGGGCAUCCGAGUACAUAUCCUAAGAAACUUUAG